AUGAUCCUUGGUCUUUCGACGGACGGUCUUCCAGUCACAGGGAUGACUGUCAGCAGUUUUGAAGCCUUAGAGGCGGAGUGUUUGCACCAAUUUGGGGUUGCACCGAGAAAAUCAAAAUGUAGAGGAAGCGGUAUAAAGCUGACGUGGCUACAGGAUCUAAAAGAACGGUUACAGUUGAUUGAUGAAGAAAGUAUACAGAGGUACGUGAAGUGUCACAUUAUGUUGUUGAUCGGUACGAUAUUGUUAGGAGACAAGUCUGGGGCAUCUGUGCACUGGAAGUUUCUUCCUUUACUUCGUGAUUUUGGCAGUAUCGUACAGUUUAGUUGGGGAUCGGCUUGCCUCGCACAUCUGUACAGGGCGUUAUGCAGGACAUCUCGUUUUGAAUGUAAAGAGAUCGACGGUUCACUAACACUGCUGCUCGUUUGGGCCUGGAUUCGCCUGCCAUUUCUAGCGCCGGUUCUUAGGGAACCCCGUAGUUUUCUGCUUGUAAACAGUGUUAUCGUUAUCAUUUACUCCGUAUCUUCAUAUUUAGAAUCCAGUUCUGUUAAUGAAUUAAGCGAUAUUAGGUGGCGUAACUGGGAGCGUGGAGACCGACGCUUUAGGCAUAUGAAACUUGCUCACUUUAGGAAGACUUUGGAUGAUCUUCAGGAAGGUCAGGAGGGGUCAGCCUCAACCAACGGCUUUAUUGCUUCUGCAAUUGUGUUAGAAUCCAGUUUCGAAUGA